AUGGGUUUCGAAAAUGAUCCGUACCGCGAUGAGGACGGGGAGCCCUUGAUGGAUUACGACGACGUUCAAUCCGAUCGCGAGCCCUCUCCGGAGCCGCGCCACCAACUCGAUGAUUACGAGGACGUCGACGAGUGGCGCGGCCGCGAGACGCCGGUGCACGACAACGAUGUGGCGCGCUCGAAGCCGCGGAAGAGGCUCAUCAAAAAGGGUGACGCUGGGAAGCAGUCGGUGGCGCCGGAGCUCGAGGAUGAGGAGGAGGGGUAUGUUCCCGAGGCGAGGUUUGAGGAGGGGGAUGGAAGGAAAAGGAAGAAGGGGAAGGAGAUUGAGAAUGGGAAGAAGGAGAAGAGGCUGAAGGGGGAGAAGAGGUUUGGUAGUGAUGGUGGGAAAGGUAGCUCCAAAUUUGGGGGUUCCAAGAAAGGGUUUGGUGGGAAGGCUGGAAAGGAUCAUGAUGGUGAAGUUAAGGAGAUGUGGGAUACAAUUGCUGGGGGAGAUUCUGAGGAUGAUCACGAAGGUGUCAGGAAUAUGGAUGAUGACAACUUUAUAGAUGACACUGGAGUGGAACCUGCUUAUUACGGUAGUGAUGAACCACGUUCUCCUGGUGAUGCUCCUCAGGCAGAGGAAGGUGAAGAGGAUGAAGAGAUCAAGGAUCUUUUCAAGAUAGGGAAAAAAAGGAAGAAGAACGAGAGAAGUCCUGCUGAAAUAGCUUUAUUAGUUGAGAAUGUCAUGGCUGAGCUUGAGGUUACAGCUGAGGAGGAUGCGGAUCUUAAUAGGCAGGGGAAGCCUGCCAUUAAUAAACUCAAGAAGUUGACCCUUCUUACAGAAGUCCUCUCAAAGAAGCAGCUUCAAUUAGAGUUUUUAGAUCAUGGAGUGCUAACUUUAUUGAAGAACUGGCUUGAGCCACUUCCUGAUGGAAGUUUGCCAAAUAUAAAUAUUCGCACGGAAAUUUUGAAGAUUUUGAAUGAUUUUCCUAUAGACCUAGGGCAGUAUGAUAGAAGAGAACAACUGAAGAAGAGUGGCCUUGGAAAGGUAAUUAUGUUUUUAUCAAAAUCCGAUGAAGAAAUUAACGUAAACAGGAAACUAGCCAAGGAACUGGUGGACAAGUGGAGCCGACCCAUAUUUAAUAAGAGUACCCGGUUCGAAGACAUGAGAAAUAUGGAGGAAGAUAGGGUUCCUUUUAGGAGACCGUCGGUUAAAAAGCCUGCAAAUAAAGCUGCAGGAAUAUCAAGAGAUAGUGAUCUUGAUUUAGAAAUUUCACAGCCUAGGGCUGGGCAGUCCUCGUCUAGGCAGCUCACUUCGAGGCCAGAAGCAACACCUUUGGAUUUUGUGAUACGUCCCCAAUCUAAAAUUGAUCCAGAAGAAAUUAGAGCCCGGGCAAAGCAAGCUGCCCAAGAUCAGCAGCGUACGAAGAAUUUGUUUAAAGGUGAAUAA